AUGAAGGUGAUACUUGCUUUAGUUUUAGUUGCUUUAAGUCAAACUGAAACUUUUGCUGUCAAGGCAGAUAAUUGCCCUGACUUUGAAGUAGUAUGCUAUUAUGCAAGUUGGGCGAUCUAUCGCCCUUCUCCAGCCUCAUUGAACGUUACUGAAAUUAACCCAAACCUAUGUACUCAUCUAAUUUAUGCUUUCGCUGGUCUGGAUGUGUACGCUCAUAUUGGUUCCAUUGAUUCAUGGGCUGAUUUAAAUCAAGGUGGUUUAUCAGGUUUCACUGCAUUAAAAGAGAAAAAUCCAUGCUUGAGGACAUCUCUGGCUAUCGGGGGAUGGAAUGAAGGAUCUCUCAAAUAUUCAGUGAUGGCUAAUGAACCAGAUAUUCGUGAAGAAUUUAUUACCAGCACCAUAAAAUUCCUUGCCUAUUAUAACUUCGAUGGUAUAGAUGUAGAUUGGGAGUAUCCAACUCAACGUGGUGGUAGGAAUUUUGACAAAGAAAAUUUCGUCACACUUAUCAGAGAGCUCAAAGAAAAACUUAGUAAGUGGGGUAUGACAGUCACCAUCGCAGUUCCCAUUACUGACAAUUUCAUUGACGAAGCAUAUGAUGUCCCAGAAUUAAAUAAAUAUAUCGAUGCUGUACAUCUUAUGGCUUACGACUAUGUCACAUCUGCUUCCGAAGCUACCGGAUUAAACGCACCUCUUUCAAAAAUCAAAAAUAGUAUUAAGGAGUGGUUGGAUAGAGGUUUAGAUGACAAGAAACUGAUUUUGGGACUUCCCCUUUAUGCGAGACGUUUUAAAUUGAAAGAUGCUAAAAAUCAUGAUCUUGGUGCUGAUGCUGAACCUGGUCCAGUCAGUCAGUUUACUGGUGAGAUUGGAUAUUUAGCUUACUAUGAGCUAGAGUUUAUGAAGAAUGAAAGUUAUAUAGAAAAAUUGGAAGAUGAUACAUUAUACGCAUAUUAUAAAGAUGAUUGGUUAACGUAUGAUAAUAUUACUACUUAUUCUACAAAGGUAAAAUAUGCACUAAAUAACAACCUUGGCGGAGUUAUGGUGUGGACAUUAGAUACUGACAAUUUUAUAGAGGGUUCAUUUGAAGUCCUCGAAGGAAUUAAUAAGCAUAUUAAUGAAACCAAUAAGAUAGUUAAAGUGUAAAGAUAUAAAAAGAGACAGUAAAAUAUAUUUGUAUUUUGUUUUUAUCUUUCUAGGAAUUAAGAUAAUAAAUCUAUAUAAAUAUGUAGAAUAAUAAAAGCAAGAAAUCAAAAAUAAUAAGUAGUUUACAAAUAAAGAUUACUGAUAAAAAUGUGAAAACCUAAUUCACAGUCUGGAAAUUAAAUUUAUCAGAUUAAUCCGUUUUAAUAAUAAACAUUUACUUAAAACCAA